GCACCCAGCUCCACGUCCCUGAGCUGAGCCUCGCGUGUUAUUUUGGGGGUCAGCUGUCCCGUGAACAGGACCCUCCUCCUCCUGUUCUUCCUCUGCCUGUUGCUGUCUCUUCACCUCCUUCACUCGGCUGAUCCCGAACGCUGACAAUGGAGACAUCAGUGGAAGCAGCUGAGGUGUUGGUGCCCCCCCAACCUGACGAGGCAUCCACCCUGGACCCCGAGACCUCUGGAGGCGAGACGGCAGGUGCACCGUGUGCUGCCGCCUCCUCCCCUAACAAUCUCGACCCCAUGGAGGAGUUCACCCAGCGGCUGGAUGACAUCAUCCACACCUACGGCACCACGACCGGCCUCCUCGAUAAACAGAGCGUGAUGCAGGCUGAGGCGGAAAAGGUGAACGAUGAGGCAAAAGAUGACAUCACAGGUUCCAUGGAGACAGAGGUGUCUCUCAUCAUGCAGUCCCUGGAUGAACUCUCCUCUCCGGAGGAGAAACUGGGAGCUCUGGUCAGGAAGUAUGCUGAGCUGGUGGCCUUGCGGCGCUGCGAUGCUCUGAAGUUGGAUGCUUUGCAGCAGAAGUUGUCCGCUGUGCUGGAGGAGCGGCAGCAGCUGCAGGCCGAGCAUCGCAGCAGCGUCGCAGCUCGCGGCAAACUGGAGACUCUGUGCAGAGAACAGCAGUCGUUCUACAACGUUCUGAGGGAGGAGACUCUUCAGCGAUGCAAGGAGGAUGAGGAGAAGAGGACGGAGAUCACCACCCACUUCCAGAGCAUGCUGAGUGAGAUCCAGAGCCAGAUCGAGUUGCACAGCGCCCGAAAUGAGAAGCUCUGCCGUGAAAACAUCAACCUGACCGACAAGUUGGAGAACCUCAUGACCCAGUGUGAACGGAGAGAGGAGAGUUUGGAGAAGAUCAACAAGCAUCGCGACCUGCAGCAGAAACUGAUCGAAGCCAAACUGCAACAGGCCAAUGCGCUGCUGGCCGAAGCCGAGGAGAAACACAAGAGAGAGAAGGAAUAUUUGCUUAGGGAGGCUAUUGACAAAACAAAGAAAUGCUUCGCUAUGAAGGAGCAGGAGCUGGCCAUGAAGAAGAAGCUGACCCUGUACGGUCAGAAGUUUGAUGAGUUCCAGGAAACAUUGGCCAAAAGCAACGAAAUCUACGUGCGCUUCAAAAAGGAGAUGGAAAACAUGUCAGACAAGAUGAAGAAAGUGGAGAAAGAGUCCAGUCUGUGGAAGACGAGGUUUGAGAACUGCAACAAAGCUCUGACUGAUAUGAUUGAAGAGAGAGCAGAGAAAGGCAAAGAGUACGAUCUGUUCGUUCUGAAGAUUCAGAAGCUGGAGAAGCUUUGUCAUGCCCUGCAGGAUGAAAGGAAAGUGCUUUAUGACAAAAUCAAGGAGGUUCGCCACUCUAAUGCCGACCUUUCAGCAAAGGUCUUUGGCACCUCCAACCUCAGUGACAAUCCUGAGGGUGCUGAGACGUCUGCCCUGAUAACUCCUGAUGAGCUGAAAGAGAUGGAGGAGGAGGAGGACCAGGUCCUGACAGACGGCAUGGCCCGUCUGAAGGAGGAGCAGGCCAAACUGCAAGAGUUUGCUGCCUCCCUGUUGGUGACAGCUACUGACAAUGAUGAAGAGGAGAAUAACGAGUUAGACCUUGAUGAAGAUCUUGUUUCUUCUGCAUUUUUCCAUUUCAAAGCCAAACCUCAAGUCAGAGAUGUUCCGGAUUCAGUCCCUGAGCAGGUGAACGAUUUAAAAUCAAAGGAUCCGGAUUCAGAACUCCCGCAGCUAGAGAAGGUGGACGAAGUUCAAGAUCAAAUCAUGCCCGCAGCAGAAGCUGCAGCAACUCAGGAGGCAACUUUAGAAAUAUCAUCACCAGAGGUGGUAAAGGUUCAGACACAGGUGGAGACUGAAGAGGUGCAGCAGGUGAAGCCAGACGCAGAGAUCCAGCAGCCUGUUGCACCUGUACUGAAACCAGAACCAGAGCAAGUCAAAUUUGAGAUCACACCAGAGCCACCAGUGAAAGAUGAGAACGAUCAGCAGCAGGUCAUUGAACCUACACCAGCAUCAGAGCCUGAGAAAGCCAAGGCUGAGCCACAAACACACCCAGUGAAGGCUGAGAUACUGGAGGAGUGUGUUGAGGGCAAACCACUGGUACCUCUGCAAGAUGAGAAGGUUCAGCCACAGCCUCCUGAAUCUGUGCCAACACCAGAGACUGAGAAAACUGAGGAUGCAGAAGAAAUGAAGGGUGAGACCCUGAAGGAGACCGGUGAGGUCAAGCCAGCAGUUUCAGUGGAUGAUAAGGCCCAGAAGCAGACAGAUGCACCAGUUCAUGCACCAGAAGCAGCAUCAGAACCCUCCGAGUCAGCCGCAUGUCCUCCAAACACUCCUGAAGCAGCUGCAGACUCUUCCAAGAAGCAGCUGCCAAAGAAAAAGAAAAAGAAGAGCAGCAAGAGUGCCAGCUAAAGUGUGCAGAAGGGGUGUGUGUGUGUGUGCUGUUCUUUGGGGAUGGUAUGCUCCUUUCCUUCUUUUAAAGGGUAAUAUCAGCUCAAGUGUUCUCAUCAUUUUUAUUCAGCAUCACUGAAAUAAGACGCAGCUGUAUUUUAGUUAGUUAGAAUAAAGAUCUCGUUUGUCCUGAUGUGUGGAAAGCUGGGCCUCAAAGUACCUGAUGUAAGGCAGAGUAAAGCCACAAAAAGCUAUAGUGUAUUAAAACAA